AUGGUUGGAAGAGCGGAAGCUAAACAGGCGUGUUCCAAAGGGUUGAGUGAGAGAUUGAAGGAAGAUAGGAUAAGCGAAUUACCAGAUCCUUUGAUAUGUCACAUUCUUUCUCAUCUUUCUACCAAGGAAAGUGUUAAGACAAGUGUUUUGUCCACCAGAUGGAGAUGUCUCUGGCUUUGGCUUCCUAGUUUGGAACUAGAUUUCAGAAAAUUCCAGAUCCCACGUUUAAUAAGUACCUUUGUGAGUUUUUGUGACAGGUUUUUCGAAUCCAAUAGAGUUUUAUGCAUACACAAACUCAAGUUAACUAUUGAUGGAAGUGAAUACGUUGUAGCUCGUGAUACCUCUAAUAUCACGUCAUGGAUUCAUGCUGCAGUUAAGCGUAAGAUCCAACAUCUAGAUGCUUGUUAUCAUCUAUAUGUAAAUCCUUUGGAGAUGCCCCUAAGCCUUUAUACCUGUGAGACACUGGUUUCAUUGAAACUUGAUUGCGUGCUCUUGGCUAAUACCGAGUUUGUCUCCUUACCUUGUCUCAAGACUUUGUCCGUAAAAGAUGUUAGGUAUCCCAAUAGUGCCACUUUUGAAAGACUUGUCUCAUUCUGCCCUGUCUUGGAGGAGUUAGAGAUUACCACAUUUGUGAUUAGUAAUGCAACACUCUUUCGGGUGUUCUCUAGGUCAUUAAAGAAGCUCAAAAUAACGCAAUCUUGUUGGUCAGGAGUUGUGAUUGAUGCUCCUCUACUAAGAUUUUUGAGCAUCAAUGAUGACUUAUCAAAAAGCUCUGUUGUGAUAAACAAAUUGCAUCCCGACGCCAAGUUAGAUAUUUCUACUUCCUAUGGUUUGGAGUUUUUUCGUGGAGCAAGUUUUUCAUCAAAGAGAAAUAGCAUCCGCAGUUUUCUCUCGCAGAUUUCGAAGGUUAAAGAUGUAACAAUGUGUAGAGAGACCAUCAAGAUCAUCUUCCAAUACUUAGAAUUACAAUCGUUGCCUCGGUUUGAUUACAUUUCCCGCCUGCAUGCAACUUUCACUAACUCCAAUUUCGAAUGGUUACUAACCUUUCUUAAGAGCUGUCAGAACUUGAAAUCCCUCGUCUUGGUAUACUAUGAGGAGAGGCGUCGAAUCAUUUUGUCAUCUAGGCCUGAGUGUUUUCUAUCGUCUAUCGAGUUUAUUGAUAUCGAAUUCCUAAACCGAGGAUAUGUUUCACAGUUGAAAAUAGUAAGGUACUUCCUAGAGAAUACGCCCGUACUCAAGAAGCUCACUCUACGUUUCCCCAAGUAUUCAAUACAAGAAAAGUCUACUUUCAAGAACCUCCUCAGAUGGACAAAUCUCUCUAGCAAAUAUGACAUCGACGUCCUUGAUUCGUAG